AUAAAAAAUGCAAUUAAUUCAGAAAUGAAUACCGAGUCACUCGAAGAAAAUAAAUAUUAUAAUAACAUGAUUGAAAAAAAUAAAGAAAAAUUAAAUUUUAAAUAUAAUGAUUUACAAGAUAUCAGAAAAACCAGACUGAAAUAUUUAAAAAUAUAUUACAACAUCUUAUCAUCAUUAGAUUGUAUGAUUGAAAUAUUGCAAAAUAAAAAAUAUAUUAAUAAAAAAAUAAAUUUUGAUACUAACUUUCCAAAUGACCUUUUGUCAAAAUUGGAAAAUGAAAAACAAACAAUAUUGAAUCAAAGCAUUGAAAUAUUGGAAAAUAUUAAGAUUUCAAUUACUAAAACACGUGUACUAUCUGAUUUAGAACCAAAUAACACAGUCUACAAAAAAAUUGGAUAUAAAGAUUCAUGUUUAAAUGAAAAAAAUAAAAAAUCACUUCAUCAACUUCGAACAAAACGAUUAGAACAUCUUUUGACAUUAUUAAAUUGA